AUCUUAGAUCUCUUAGGUCUUAGAUUUAUACAAAUUGGUUUUACUUUUUCUCUAGAUCUAUCUACAUCUGCCUGGAUUCUGUUUCUUUUCCAUUUGUCAAAAUGCCUCUUUUAUUUUAACAUUAAAAGCAACAAAAAUCUGUCCAAAAAUGACUGACAUAAUUUUUCUUCCUUUCAUUUUAUUUAUUUUUUCUUCCAAUCAUUGACAAUAGGGCCUAGAAUCUAGAUAUCUAGAUCUAGAUUUUACAAUCAGUUUGCUGUUUGUUACAGUUAAUGGUAACUUACAAGAUAUGGUUGUGUACUCUUGCUGGUGCUUGAAUGUACAAGUUUUUGCUGAAAAAGUUGAAGAGGUACCAAAAGCAGAAUGUCCACUAAGGCAGGACUAUGAAUUUGUUGAGUUAGUUGACCAAGGAUUUCAAUUUAGUCAUAAAAGUCUGGUUCAGCGAGUCAAGGAUGGCAGGUGGACUGUGUAUGUGUGUGUACCUUGCAAUCUGCAGACUCACGCUGUCAAUCACGAGUCAAAGCUUGUUGUCAUCAAUACAAAGAUGCAGAAAGGUAGAGAUGCUAUUGAUAAUAUGAAGAGGAAAAAAGAAUUUUCUUCCGCCUUUGGUCUGGUGCUUCAUGAGGGAAGAAAGAGAGAUGAUGAUGUGCUGCUGCCACAACAAACUUAUGAGGCACUACAGAAACAACUGGUGGAUUUACAUGAAACGUUGACCAACUACCUCAAGCUGGAGGAAGAUGCAAUGGAAACGAGAAUAAGGUUGUUUGAGGAAGAAGAGAGAAAGAAAUUUUUUCAUUUGAAAGAAAAGGCUCAAAGUGAAAAAACUAAAUUGAUAAGCCUACUUUUCCAUAACUGUGAUGGUGGCCAUACUACAUUUAGCAAUGAGCAUCCCUCCACAAAAGGGCAAGUUCUCAGUCAUUUUGUUGGUUCAAAAGGUUCAACUGUGAGUAGAUUCAGAGAUUCUAGUCCUGAUGUGUUUUCAAUGGAUGAACUUGAAUAUGAUAGUGAAGAUAGUCCUGCUCAAGGAGUUGGAACCAUUACAAAAAAAGGAGUUGAUGUAAGAGACAGUUUGUUUGAAUCUUCAGAACCUCAAGGAGAUAGUCCAGGGGAGCAUGUAAGCACCACUAUAGAAAGUCAGCAUUCAAGUGGAGAAUCUACUGAUGAGGUAGCAGGUCUAAGGUUGCCAGCUAUGUCAACAUCUGUGCCCAUUUCUAUGCCAAUUCAUUCACGAAACCUGCGCAUUUCUUCCUACCUGGAUGACGACACUGAGGAGGGGUCAGAGUUUGCAGAUAUUCCAAGGAAUAUGCAAGCUCUAUCUGAAAGUAUUCAAGAGAGGGAUAGAUAUAUUUUUGGUGAUAGGCCACGUCAAAGGGUUCACACCGGAGAUUUUACUCAAGUCAACUGGCAUUAAAACAGCUCUUCAUUGCUUUUUUCUUGCUGAUAUUUAAAGAUGUCAUGAUACAGUGGGUCAGGGUUGGGGUAACAUGUCAUGAUACAGUGGGUCAGGGUUGGGGUAACAUGUCAUGAUACAGUGGGUCAGGGUUGGGGUAACAUGUCAUGAUACUGUGGGUCAGGGUUGGGGUAACAUGUCAUGAUACUGUGGGUCAGGGUUGGGGUAACAUGUCAUGAUACUGUGGGUUGGGGUAACAUGUCAUGAUACUGUGUGUUAGUGUUGGGAUCUCAUGUGAAGAGAAAUAGAUUGAUUUCUCUGUGUUUGAUUAGUCUAUACCUUGUAUAGGAUACACAUCAAAUCAAUAAGGCUAUCACAUUCAACCUUCACUUCUAAUUGGUCCCAUAUAUAAAAAUAAAUAUUAAUGUGUUUUUAUCA